AUGUCCAAAGUGCUUAAGCAGUUUGAAGAUGCAAUCUUCAAAGGAGGGCUCUACAAAAAGCUGUUCCAAAAGCAAACUCCGGGAAAGCGGAUUGCACCUGUACAGGCUAGAGACAACGAUUCGAAAUUUCAAAUGCGACUGGACGCUGGCGAGUCCCAAGAUGGUAUAAAGAAUGUUUAUUUGCAAGUCAAUUCCCAAGCGAAGAACGACUCUCUGGUCAAAUUCCGGAAGAAGAAAGGGACCGACGCCAAUUUGGCGUCUGGUCAGAUUGAUGAAAAUACGCCCGAAGAAUCACAAGAAGAAGCUGCCAGAAAAUGGUGGCAGGAGAUGGAGCGCCAGGCAAAGGAGAACCUCUAG